GGAUUGUUAUGCUCGCCGAUCACUCAACGUCAUGAUGGCCGGCGUCUCGCUUACUGGUGUGUUUACUCCCAAUCUUUGGUCUGGUGGCCCUGCCCCUGGACAGCUAUACAAUUUUCCGGCCACUAAAACUCAAAAUGAAAGUCGCACCCAUACCAUGUACCCUUCCACCUCUGGCACCUCAGUGGUGGGCCUGGUUUAUGAUGGUGGUGUCAUGGUAGCUGCCGACUCCUUGGGCUCCUAUGGAUCUCUGGCACGGUUCAGAAACGUCAAACGUCUCUUCCGAGUAACAGACAAGGCUGUGCUUGCUUGUAGCGGAGACAUUGCUGAUUACCAAUUCAUUCGUGAAGUGAUUGAACAGAAGGUGCGGGAUGAUGAGAUUCAUGGGUACACACCAGAGCUGAAUGCUUGUGCCCUCCACUGCUGGCUGACACGUGUCCUGUACAACCGCCGCAGCAGGUUUGACCCACUGUGGCUGGAGAGUGUGGUUGCUGGAUACAAGGGAGAUACACCGUUUCUGGGAUUUGUGGACAAAAUAGGAACUGCUUUUGAGGCUAAGGAAGUUGCUACUGGAUUUGGUGUCCAUCUUGCCAUUCCCAUGAUCCGAGAGGCCAGAGAAAAGGGGAAUCUCACACGGGAGGCAGCCAGGAAGCUGCUGGUGGAUUGCCUGAAGGUGUUGUACUACCGUGACUGCCGAGCCCACUUCAAAUACCAGCUGGCAGACAUCACCCCAGAGGGAGUCACCAUUCAUGAUGACCUUGACCUCAAACAAGAGACCUCUUGGGAGGUUGCCAGCUUUGUCAGGGGAUAUGACUGAGGAGCGUCUCCUAGACUUGGUGGUUUAGUUGUGUGGAUGUGAUUUUGUACAUCACAGUUGGAUGACUUGAUGUUUUUGUUUAUUACAUACCAUUUAAGUCUUUAUGCCCCUAUAACACAGAUGUUGAAAUAAUAAAGAGAUGAAUCACUUGUAUAAA